AUGGACAUAUUAUAUCAUAGGCGCUCACACAUGUCAAGUCGGAACUGGAAAAUAUCAUUAACUACUUUCAACUGUGGUAAGGCGUUGCCGUUUGAUCAACCUCAAUUAGUUUCGAGAAUUCUUGAAGAACUGUUACCCAAUACCAUAGCUGAUGAUAUUUACGUUAUUGGAUUGCAAGAAUUCGUCCCCAUCUGGCAAGGAUCAUUUGCAAGUGUGGUAGAACCACUUUUACAAUCGCUGUCUGAUCGAAUAAUGGAAAAUCUGAAUCAACAAUCUGGUAAAGAAUAUAGCCUUGUCGGAUUUUGCAAUACUGGUGCCAUUGGUCUUUUAGUAGUUGCUGACAAGAAUCUAGUCAAGAAUCAAGUUGUUACCUGUAACUACAGAUGUGGAUAUUUUUGGUCCAGUUUGAAAGGUGCUGUUUCGUUAUGCUGUUCUCUUUCGAGAGAAGGUGAUGAACCAGAAACCUUCACCUUUAUAUGUAGCCAUUUAGCUGCUAAUAAGGGUGAGUCCUACAAGCAGCAACGCAUUGAAGAUUACAAGGCGAUUAUGGCCACUUGUCAAGAGCAAUUCCGUUUGACAGCUUUCAAACAGGGCCACAUUUUCUUUAUGGGUGACUUAAACUUUAGAUUGGAAGGUGACCAAGAUUUAGAGCUCGAUUAUACUGAUCCAGAUAUGAUUAAACAACUCUCCAAGACCAGAGAUGAGUUAAACAUUUGUAAGGAAAAAGGUCUGAUCUUCCAAGAUUUCCAAGAAGCUAAUAUUGAAUUCCCGCCAACGUACAAGUACAUUACAAACCAAGCAGAUGAGCUCAAUAAUAAAAGGGAACCUGCCUGGUGUGAUAGAAUUCUGUUCAAGAAAUACCCACAAGAAGAUCACAAGGUGGAUGCCUACGUUUCCAUCCGACGCUCGGAGACUUUACAGUUUUCAGAUCAUCAACCAGUCCAUCUAGCCAUUCAGGUCCCGCGGUUAUCUGCAGCAUCCACGAUGAAUUCACCGAGAAGCCUGCCCUUGACCCAGGGAACCCUGACGGGUGAUGUUGCAGAUAAAGUGAUAGGUUACGGCGGUUGGGCAGUAACCAAGAGAUUGCACUUUGUUGUAAUACUACUAAUAGUGAUGUACCUAUUUUCAAAAUCAUUUUGA